UGAGUAGUUAAGGCGCAGGGACAAAAAGAGAAAGAGAGAGAGAGAGGGGCAGGCAUCGUGAGGAGGGUCGGGAUUCAAAUUCUAAGUAACGAGCUGCAGCCAUUGUCAGUGGGGUAUAUAGCGCGGGGGAGAGAAGUCACGGUUCAAAAUAAAAAAGCGCAGAGAAUUUAGGGUGUCAUCAUGGCCGCUUUGAGCUGCAUGUGGAUUAUUUCUGUUAUUAUCUUACUCACAAGCGAUGCUGGAGCUUUAGGUCGCGCAGUGGACUCCUUCGGCUUUCUGCUACAGUCUCCGCGAGCCCGAGAUGGACCAUUUGGAGAGAUUUUACGCACGGACGGAGUGAGGCGGUGGAGGCGCGGGGUGGCCGCUGAGGCGCACGGGGAGCGCUGUGCCGAGCUGGGAGCCGCCUGGCUGGAAAACACGCGGCCGGCUCCCGAGCGCGGAAGCACCGUGCUGCAGCUGCGCGUGCGGCCCUUUUCCCCUGGACCAUCUCGAGGUUUGGUUUUUCCCGGGAAGUCGCUUUUCACCUUCAUCCGGCGCGUUUACCGCUGCUGUCAGGAGAGAGUGGGCUGCAGGAGUGUCAAGGGGAUUCAAGGCAGACUGAGAGGAGCUGCAGGUGUGGAGUUCGUCCUCACCAGGGAGAUCUUGGCGACGACGGUCUCCAGAGCUGAACUUCAUCUCCAACUCUCCAACCCGCUGGGUCUCGACAUCAGCCCAGUCAUCCCCUUCAUGGCGAAGAGGAAUUUACCGACGAGGUACAGCGUAGCGUCACGUGGUGAUGCAGUGGAGCUGCGAGUGGAGCUCCUGUUCCUCCUCCGGCUCCUGCAGGAGGCGGCCGGCAACGGAGGCCGAAGUCGUAGCUUGGUAAACGCGCAGCUGGGGAGACUGCUGUCCAGCGAGGACAAAAAGACGUCUUUAGGAAUUGUGCAGGACGCCGACGGAGAAGCGUGGCACGAUAGGAACCAUAGCAGAAGUUUGGCUUGGGACGUGGGCCUGGUUCUGGGCUGCAGCCGGGCCGGAUCGGGGGUCCCCUGUGAAAGUGGGGGUGUUCAUCUCUCAGACGCUCCUUUCAUGGCUCUGUUUUACACAUGAAGAUGGGACUUUUCAGUGUGGAGGCAUUUCAUCCAUCAGGAAAGCUAAAAACUUUAACAGUAUUAUGCACUUUGAUGUCAAGUUUUAUAAUUUAUAUUGGUUUUGCAUGCUAAAUAUAUAACUAUUUUAUGUAAAUAUUUUGUUCUAUAAGGUGAUAAAAGGUUCUGGAAAAAUGAUGUGUGGUCUUCUUGGUUACCAGAUGUGUUUCAGUCCACAUUGUUCAGCUUAUUCAAGAUAUCAGCUUCUGAUUAAAGUCUUGUGGGA